CUCUUCUUCCUCCUCAAAUGAACUUUUCUGUUGGAAACCUCUGUACUUCUAUCGCACAUUCAGGCUUCUAUUAGCAUACCUUUCCCAUUAGUCUGAAAUCCUUCUCGUCUCAUUGUAACUCUCUGUUUCUCACUUCACUCGCGCUCUUUCGAUCCCAUCAAGUCCCUAGUCUCCUAGGCUCCUACUGACUUUUAUGUCAUUACUGACCCUGGAGAUACGACGAACCCCUUUCAGCAACCAGACGGCUGAACGAGAAAGUAUAUCUCCCACUGUCUCCCAGGCUAGCAAGAUGGCUCCUCCCGAAGCCCCCGAUGUGGACUCCAUAGAUCUCAUUGCCAGCGACAUGAAGGAGCUUGUCCGGAAAAUCCAGGACCUACGCCACAUCGGAAUUGAGGACAAGAUGAUUGUGCUACCAAAAAUCUGCGUCAUUGGUGACCAGAGUGCCGGUAAAAGCUCUUUGAUCGAGGGAAUGAGCGAGAUCAAGGUGCCACGAAGCGCGGGAACAUGCACCAGAUGUCCAAUGGAGAUCAAUCUCUGUGAGGGCGAACCUGACCAGCCCUGGACUUGUAAGGUCUUCUUGUCGCGGAAGUACAUGUAUGAUGCCUCUAAGAAGAUCGGUAAGAUUUCGAAGAAGUCUCAGUCCCUCGGGCCUUGGCAGGAGCAAGAACAACAAGAAGACGAGCUUUUCACAACACUGACAGACAAGCUCGACCUCGUCGAAGUGAUUAGAUGGGCGCAGCUCGCCAUUUUAAACCCAGGCAGACCUUCCAGCGAAUAUUGCCCGGGCAAAACAGUGAAACAGAUCCUGAUUAUUGUCAAGCUGAGCAGGAAGAAGAACGCUAUCUUGUUCAUCUGGUUGAGAACCUUGUCAAGCAUUACAUUUUGCAGAAGCACUGUAUUCCCGAUCGCAUUCAGACAGGAGAAUCUUAUGCUCAAUGGAUUGAAAUACUUGAAGGAGACAAGUUCUCGCUUGGCCACGGUUACUUUGUUGUUCGUAACAACCCCGACCCCGCGGUCGAGCACUCCGUCGCUCGGGAAGAGGAAGAAGCCUUCUUUGCGGGAGAGCCCUGGGCCACAGAUCUGGCUCUUUAUCGAGACAAGUUUGGGACCCGAAAUUUACAGGCGACACUCCUCCUCUCUGCUUCUUGAGCAGAUUCAAGGAUGUCUACCGGACUUUAUUGAGAAGAUUAAUGCCAAAGCAGAGAGGAUUGAGGCUGAGCUCCGGACUCUCCCAGACCCGCCCUCUGCGAAUGUUCCAUAUAUUAUUUGUGGAAAGUUAAACCAGCUGAAGGAGCAAAUUCGCGCUCAUAUUGAUGGUGGGUCAGCAACUUACCCCAUGCAGAAGAUCUGGUCGCAUAUUGCCAUGGAUUUCAAACGAGCCCUGAUUACGACUCGGCCCACUGUGAGAAUGCUCUCUCCAAGUGAUAAGUUCCCUGGCCCGACGGUCCGCGAUGCAGAGGGGAGCGAUUCGGACUGUGAGAUGACAACGGUCCCGCAGCCAGUCAAACGCAAGUCACCAGGGGAGCCUGGGAUUAUCUCAAGUGUACCAGAAGCGAGACAACAGCCAAAUCCAGCUACAACCGGGACCAGAAAUGGAUUGUACUCGACAAACCAUUUCGACAAGUUCAACGCUCCGGCCCUGAUGUUUACAUGGGAGAAGAUUCGCGAAAUAAACGAGGAUUCAUAUCGAGCUGGACUGCCGGAUCAGACGGACCCGAAAGCCAUUGAGAUCAUGAACCAGAUGAGCGUGAAGCACUGGUACGACCCCCUGUCAGUGUUCCUGGUUGCCACCUAUCGCCUUGUCCGGGAGAUGCUGCACAAGCAGCUAGAUGAAGUCUUUCUGCAAUAUCACCAGACGGGUCUCUAUCGAGAACUCAAGCGAAUCAUUGAGAGCUUCUUGUAUAAGCUACGAGCUGCUCAUUUCGAGCAUGCGCAGGAAAACUUCAGCAUUGAGUAUAACAAACCAUUUACAAUGGCACUUUCGGCAUUGGACCAGUCAAUCAAGUCUGCUUACAGCUUUCUUGCGGAGAGGCGGCGUGUUGCUCGUGCUGGGUCCUACCUUGACGCUCAGGGAAAGUACCCUAGAGGAGACGCCCGACGUGAAGCUGAGCUUAGGAAGCUUACUGAUGCCGAGCUGGGGCGCGACCAGUUCUCGCAGGAGCUGACCAUGAUGGCGACAAGUCGCGGGUACUACGACUUGGCGAGUUCGCGGUUCAUUGAUUCAAUUUGCCAGAGCGUGCACACUAAAUUGUUCGCAAAAUGCCGUGACGACCUCAUCAAGGAGAUCGAAAGAGAGCUUUGUAUUUUCGAUGAAAACGCAUUGGAAAGAUGUCUUGAGCUGAUGGAGGAGGACCCGGACCGCCAGAGACGCCGUCAAUUCCUUCUCAGAGAAAAGGAGCGAAUUGAUAAGGCCCAGGAGUGGCUAAAGCUAGCGAGGAAGGAGGAUGACCAGGAAGACCCAUUCGAAAAUGUGAGGAUCAAAUCACAGCCUCCUGACGAUUGGACUACUUAGUUGCGGCUUGGAGAGCGUUGUGUGAGCCUUUUCCUGUCCACAGUGCGUGGCUACAACAGAAUCUACUCUGGCGAUCAGAUGUGUUAGGCUGGUGACUGGAUUUACGAGUGGCCAUGUUGGAAAAGUAUACAGUUCAAGCUGGAAUGGUGAUGGAUGAUGGAUGGAUUGACCGCAAGCAUCGAGGCGGGGUAGGGAACCCCACUUUGGUGCCCUAAGCCCUAAACACUGCUUGCGAUGAUCUCGAAUGGUGUAUGGCAGCCUGUAACCAAUGGAAAAGGAGAGAUGUCAGAUAGAAGGACUAAUAGCUCUAGAAUGCAAAUCAAUGGGGA